GGCGGUGUGUUUGAAAGCGAGGCCAAAGAGGGUGGGAGCGUGUGCUGCUGGGAGUUGUUUAGAGGUUGGCGGCGCGGUGUUGGAGGCCCGCAGGCACAGCGAUCAUGUCGCACAAACAAAUUUACUAUUCGGACAAAUACGACGACGAGGAAUUCGAGUACCGGCAUGUCAUGUUGCCCAAGGACAUAGCCAAACUGGUCCCUAAAACCCAUUUGAUGUCUGAAUCUGAAUGGAGGAAUCUUGGAGUUCAGCAGAGUCAGGGAUGGGUUCAUUAUAUGAUCCAUGAACCAGAACCUCACAUCUUGCUGUUCCGUCGGCCACUACCCAAGAAGCCAAAGAAAUGAAGCUGGCGAGCCACUUUGCAGCCUUGAGCUUUACCCAGCUGUCCUUACUUUCUGACAUCUUUCUGAUAAUGUGAUUAUGUUGCCUUCUUGUUUUCCACUUUGAUAUUUAAAGGAUAUUCAAUCCACUGUUUGAAUGUGCUGGUGACUGCUUUGCUUGUGGAAUAGAGCCACUGCUGCCCUGCCAGAUGAGUGCUCUGUGGACCACAGCCUUAGCUGGGUGUGUCCCCAGAAGCCACAGUGUGCUCUGUAUCCAGCAGAACACACUUGGCAGAUGGAGGGAGCAUCUAAGAAUCAGACCAUGGCUGUUACAGGGAUUGUGUGAACUUGCCGUUUUAGUUUUUUCCUGCUGGGUGUUGUAUGURUGGUGACUUAUGGAUUUAUGUUUCAAUGUAUUGGAAAUUUUCCAUUUUAUUUGAGAAAUCUGUUCAAUGUUAAAAACCUUGAUUAAAGAGGAAGUUUUUAUAAUCUAA